UCUCCCCCGGAGGAACAAUAAAACGAGGGUGAACAAAAAUCUGAUGCUGGCGUUAACGGUAAACGUGAUCGGCGAAUGGGCUUGAAGAGGUUUCUAAAACCCAUCGCUAAACCACCGCCCCCGUCGUCGUCACCGCCCCUUUCUCCGAUCCCCAACCCUCCGCUUCCGGCCCCACCUGAUACUUCUCUCUCCCCACUUCCUACUCUUACUCUCUCUCCCAACUCCCACUAUCAUCACCUCCUUCGCUUCGUCAAGAUCCAUCUCACUCCUCCUUUCACGCCGGACAGCCUUCUCCACUUCCUCAAAUCCAAGCUCCAUCACCAUCCUAGUUUCACCAUCUAUGACUUUCAUAUCUUCAACUGGGCUGCCACUAUCGACUCUUAUCGCCACAAUCACUCUACUUUCGAAUGGAUGGCUCGUACUCUCGCAGUUACGAACCGCCUGGUCGAACUCCGAGCUCUUCUCCAAUUCAUGGUUUCCAAUCCUUGCCCCUGCUCCGACGGUAUAUUCUCUUGCUCUAGAACUGAAUCCAUAUUCCAGUUUUCGAUUAACGCUUUUUGUAAAGCCCGAAAACUGGACGAUGCUGUUUUCGCUUUUGAGUGCAUGCGGAGAUUGAUUGAUGGGAAACCUAAUGUUGUGAUUUGUAACUGCUUGAUUCAUGGGUUUGUAAAAUGCGGAAGGCAUGAUAAAGCGUUGGAAUUUUAUGAUAGAAUGAUAAGAGAUAGAGUGAAGCCUGAUGUGUUUACCUUUAAUAUUUUGAUCAGUAGUUAUUGUCGAAAUUCACAGUUUGGAUUGGCUUUGGAUUUGUUUAAGGAGAUGAGGGAAAAGGGAUGCAAUCCCAAUGUGGUCACUUUUAAUACUUUGAUUAAGGGGCUCUUUAGGGAGCGGAAGAUUGAAGAAGGGAUUGAGAUGGCUUACGAGAUGAUUGAGCUGGGGUGUCAGCUCUCAAGCGUGACAUGUGAGAUUUUAGUUGAUGGACUUUGUAAGGAAGGCCAGGUUUUGCGGGCAUGUGAGAUAUUAGCAGACUUGUCCAGCAAGAGACUUUUGCCCAAUGGAUACGAUUAUUUUGUUUUGGUGGAGACUCUAUGUGGAAAAGGUAAUGUUGCUGUGGCAUUGGAGCUUAUUUAUGAGCUAUGGAACCAAGGAAAUGCCCCUAGCUUGAUUGCUUGCAUUACAUUAAUUGACGGCUUAAGGAGCUUGGGGAAGACUGAAGAAGCAUUUAGAUUGUCAGAAAAGAUGCUCAAGGAAAAUAUGGUUCUCGAUAUUGUGACUUUUAAUUCUGUUCUUGAGGAUACUUGUAAUAUGCGUAGAACAGCAUAUGCAGAUAAGUUGAGAUUGCUGGCUUCAAGAAAAGGUUUGAAACCAGAUGGCAUGACCUAUAGAAUUUUGGUUUCUGGGUAUGCACGAGAGGGCAGUCAAAAGGAGGGAGAAUCAGUGUUAAAUGAAAUGUUGGAUAGGGGAUUUAUAUCUGAUCUUGCUACGUAUAAUAAAUUGAUGAAUGGGUUCCCUAAUUGAUAAUGUUCUAAACCCUGGAAGUAAAAUUAUAGGCAAUGUAGCAUUUAAUUGGUCCUCAAUUAUGACUUAUGUAAACUUGAUGCAAAGAUGACUGAGAAACUCUCAUGCUGGACAUAAGAAUUGUCGUAAGAAACUUAAUUCUCUGUUUUGUAUUUAUCUAUUAUGUUACCUUUUUCCCC